AUGUUAAGAAGCAGUAAAGUGGACCAGGAAGAGCUGAUCCGACGUGAAUCGUAUUUGCGCGACAAUUCUCGACCGUUUGUCUGGGCCGAUCCGACAACUUGGCCGCGUCGCUGGGGCGUCACGUUCUUUGCUGUUGGCAGUGGCCUGCUUUCCUGGAAGUAUUACUGCGAUUGGGCGCGAAAGCCAUUCUUCUACAGUAAGUUUGGCGUGUUCCUCUGUUUUUCUGCACUCCAUUUGAGUUUGUAUCCGCGCUUGGCUGCUUUAGCGUUUCUGGGUACUGUUGGCUACGUGGUCGGCUGCUUGCGUGAAUAUCACUAUAAGACACGUGACGCCGUCGUCGAGCACUACGCUACUGGCCUUUCAGGUCCUACAGCUAUUUAA